GCCUGCGCGGGAGAGUCACGUGGUUGCUGGGCCGGGGAAAUGGCGGCUCCAGGAGAGAGCGGGGCUUCGGCUGGCGGAGGGAGCACUGAGGAAGCAUUUAUGACCUUCUACAGUGAGGUCAAACAAAUAGAGAAGAGAGAUUCAGUUCUAACAUCCAAAAAUCAGAUUGAAAGAUUGACCCGUCCUGGUUCCUCCUACUUCAAUUUGAACCCAUUUGAGGUUCUUCAGAUAGAUCCUGAAGUGACAGAUGAAGAAAUAAAAAAGAGGUUUCGACAGUUAUCCAUAUUGGUGCAUCCUGACAAAAACCAAGAUGAUGCUGACAGAGCACAAAAGGCUUUUGAAGCUGUGGACAAAGCUUACAAGUUGCUACUGGAUCAGGAACAAAAGAAGAGGGCCCUGGAUGUAAUUCAGGCAGGAAAAGAAUACGUGGAACACACUGUGAAAGAGCGAAAAAAGCAAUUAAAGAAGGAAGGAAAACCUACAAAUGUGGAGGAGGAUGAUCCUGAGCUGUUCAAACAAGCAGUAUAUAAACAGACCAUGAAACUCUUUGCUGAGCUGGAAAUUAAAAGGAAAGAGAGAGAAGCCAAAGAGAUGCACGAAAGGAAGCGACAAAGGGAAGAAGAGAUUGAAGCUCAAGAAAAAGCCAAACGAGAAAGGGAGUGGCAGAAAAACUUUGAGGAAAGUCGAGAUGGUCGUGUGGACAGCUGGCGGAACUUCCAAGCAAAUACAAAGGGGAAGAAAGAGAAGAAAAAUCGGACCUUCCUGAGACCACCGAAAGUAAAAAUGGAGCAGCGUGAGUGACCACCUAGGGUCGCGGCCACAGAACCUUCCCCCGACUGUCUCCCCUCCUGCUUCGAAGGACUCAUUCUCUCUUCCCAUUUCCACCCCAACAUAGAGUAGUAGUUGCUUUUUAGUCCAUUUUGUUUUCAAUACAAUUUAAUAUCGA